AUGGGGUUCGGGAAGCACAGAAAAGACGAGCGUCCGGGGGAAAAGCUGGAUCGUAAAGGCUCCAGCAAGUGGAGGUCGGAGGAGACGCAGGUUUCUGAGGAGGAGACGCUGAAGAUGAGGAUGGAGCAGGAGAGGAUCCAGGCCAAGACGAGGGAGCUGAGGGAGCGACAGGCCCGGGAACGGGACUACGCUGAGAUUUUGGACGUAAGUCGCACGCCGGAGAGGUCGUCUGAGGAGGAGCACACGUACGCCGGGAUCAACCCCCUGAACAGCUCGGUGGACAGCGGCCACAGCCGACCCCACAGCCCCCGAGACGAUUACCCGCACAUCCAUGCACACCACCAGCACCAGCACUCAGAUUCCCUCUACACUCAAGUCAGCAAGGCCCGCAAUGACCGGCCUCCUUCUGCAGACAGUAGCCGGCUAGCCCCCAGCAACCACGACCGGAUACAGAGGCUGAGGCAGGAGUUCCAGCAGGCCCAGGGCGUCCCGGACGACCCCGACGACCGCAGGAGGACCUACAGCUUCGAGCAGCAGUGGUCGAACGCCAGCAGCAACGGCCCGGGCGGGUACAGCAGUCAGCCGGGUCGCCACUCGGUGUCGGUCGAGGUUCAGAUGCAGCGACAGAGGCAGGAAGAGAGAGACUCGUUCGCCCAGGCACAGCGACAGUACAGCUCACUCCCAAGGCAACCCAGGAAAAACCCCAGCUCCAUCUCGCAGGACUCGUGGGAUAAGGCGUACCCACCUGGAGAGGGCUUCCAGUCAGCCAAGGACAACCCCAGGUACUCCAGCUACCAGGGCUCCAGGAACGGGUACCCAAGCGGCGUCGGUGUCAACGCCAGAGUCCUUCUGGAGGCCCAGGAGCUCCUGAGGCAGGAGCAACGUCGCAGAGAGCAGGAAGCCAAAGGGAAAUUAAUGCAGGAGAACACCGGUACCAGCGGCUACGACGGAUACCCCACAGCUCACCUGAAGGAGCCAGCCUCCCCUAAAGGCCCCUACCGCCAUGAUGUGCCACCUUCACCUUCACAGUUAGCGAGGCUUAAUAGAUUGGGGUCAGAGAAAGGACGACUUUUUUAUUCAUGAGGAGUCUUGUUGGACUAAUGGACAAAGAGCUGAGCGGAGAACUUUUUGGCUCAGGAGCUAAAGGGGAAUUACCUUGAAGAACCUGCAAACGUGGACGCUUCAAAUCCUGACAAAGGACAAACUAGAGCUCUCAGCUUAGCGAUGAUCUUAGAGGUAAACGGCUGUGAAGCGUGCGCAGUUUCUGGGUGUUUGUGUUCAAUCCCUUGCUGUGCCGAUGACCUAUAACCAGUAGCCACUCACCCGACAGACUCGAGACGCCCAGUGCCUUCUCCGCAUUGACAGGCACGAUGCUUGUUCACAGUCGUCCAGGACUAAUCGAGAUCUGGAACCGUCACGUACUGACAAUCAAACGGGCAGGAGGGCAAGUGAAAGGUCGUUCUUCUGAGCCUGCGAGGAGGCAUACGUCUCUGCAUGUGAUAAGGUACAUGUGUCACGAUAACUGCGGGUUUCAUGGGUUUUUUUUUUUACAGAGUGUCCUGUGGAUGACUCUUCCCCUCUGGUCACAAAUCACCCUUUGUUCACUUUGUUCAAAAUUCAGCUCCUGCCAACGCUGCCGGUUUUCGCUCCGUUCCAGCGUUUUCUCCUCAGCGAUCGGCCUCGCUCACAUGAGUCUCCCAGGGGAGCAGAGGAAACAAGCCACAGUGUAUGAAAGAAGCAGGGCACAUUGUGUGUGUUAUUAAUAAAAACGCCCCCCUCCUCAUAAAUGAUUCAUAUCGCGUUAUCUCCGUGAGGGCGACCCAAGCAGAGAGGGUAGCCAGCUCUGAUCCUCUGCCUGGCCUCCCUGCUCUGCUCUGGGCUUGACACACUGGCCUGCCUGCCUGUCUGGAGCUCCGGCUCCUGUCCUCCUCCUUGUUGUUCUCGUUGCUCAUUAUGCUCCUUUCUUCUACCUUUCUGCUCUCCCCUCCCCGCUCUUCUCCAUUCUUCUUCUCAUCUCACUGCUUCCCUUCCCCUUACUCUUCCUCCUGCUACCCUGUACCACCCUCCUCCUCCUCCUCUUCAUCCUUGUCUCCCGAGUCAGACUCUGCACUGAAUUUUUCAUCACAAGCCACCUGCUGCCUGCCAGAGCCAAAGAACGCUGCCACCAGAGGCACCGACAGAGGGCUCGGCUUCUGACAUGAAGCGAGGAACAAAAAGCAUUACAAAAAAAAAGAGCCAGAAUAAAGAUGGGUAGAGAGACAAUGACCUUCCCAGUGUGAGAUUAGUGGGACCUUUUCUCCUGUUUUUAACAAAAGGCAAAAUUGUCCUCAGGAUUUAAUUGCUUUCGAUUGCUGUAAUUGCUUUCUCUAUUUUUUUUUCUUUUUUACCUUUUAAAGCAUUUAGCCGACACUCUUCUCCACAGCGAUUUGAAAAGAGGCAGCGGCAGGUAGCGGUGCUAUCUGACUUAAAAAAACACGGCAGUUAAUGGAUGAACUGAGCGCUGCUGGCUUUUACAGAGCCGGCCGAACGAAAAUUCAAUAAAGCAGAAUUUCUGUCUUACGUGCCUCUCGUAGUACAUGCAGAUGGUUGUGGAUUUUAUUUGUCCAGGUUCUGAGAUGUCUCGGGAGUUUUCUGAUGUUCCUCCUGAUACAGUGGAGGCGGAUGGAGUUUUGUUUUUCUUUGCCCACAGCAAAGAAAAGUCAAACAGAAAUAUUUUUACUGAAACGUUGUGUUUUCCAAAGACAAAGUUUGAAUGUGUGCACUAGUCACGAUCAGUCGGCAGGCUUGUCCAUAAGCUGGGUCGAAAUUCAGGGGCCGCAUCUGAAGACCAGUUGUGUCACUAACUAGACGGCCCCAAUUUGUCCUUCCAUCCCUGAGAAACGAAGACUCCAAACAGUCGCUAUCAAGACAAUGCUUUCAUACUUUAUUCAAAGUAUGGACGUCUAUCUUAAAGCCAUCGACCAACAGAGGACAGUUAUAUACAAGCAGAUGGUAUAAUGCAUCUAAUGAGUUAUAAUUAUUGUGGAGUCAAAAAUCUCAAAACCUGAACGAAUAAAACCAAAAUUGUGAUUAAACGUCACCGGUGGGAAAAUGAAGAUUGAAGUUUUAUGAAUCGUGUAAUAAUGACGAUAAUAAUGAGUCAUUAUGACCUGAGAGUUUUCAUUCCAGUCAAACUCCAUAGCUGCUGAUUGGCUUUUUCUCCACCCAGAGAGAAGGAACUAAUCAGUGAAAGCAGCUGCUGUAGUUGAAGGUUGGAAAUCAAGUCGAUCACAGUCGCAGCGCCACCACCAGUUCACCUCUGUGACUGCUGCAGUCGGUGGGAUCUGAUCCUCUCUUUCUGAGCCUCCCUGUUCUUCUUCGACACCACUGAUGUUUGAAUGUUUCCCCCUGCCAGUGAACACGUGAGACCGAGCUGAGGUCGGACAAAAAGGGAAAUGCAAAAAAAAAUACAAAUAAUAAAAUAUAUGGCCGUCAUCAAGCCGUGGAAAACAAACAGGCGGUGCAUAAUUGCCCUUCACUCCUACACACUCACCAUUUGUAGAGCGAUGCUGCAUGAGAUGCAUUAUCUUCUGCUGGUUAAUGAAGAUCCUCACUGGGAGAGACGCAGUGUGGGGGAAUGAACGAUGAAUGAAAAGGUAUAAGAUGAAGAAGAAAUGACUUUUAAAUGGAUUAUUUCAUUGUAUAAACCUGCUCACAAGGCUCCUCUGCUUUAAGCUAAUUAAAAACUCCUGUCUGCAUUAUGUAUGUACAUGGAUGAAACAACACAAACACACAGGGCCCCUCCACAGUGUGUGUUUGUGUGUUCAUGCUACAAUGAGCUGACUAACCAAACACAACACAACCUGUGGAGGUGAGGCACAAAACAAAUCCUCCAUGUUAAGUUCCCUCAACGUAUUAGAGCCAGGAUUUUCAAAAGACAGGAUGAAUUGUGGGUUUUUCUUUUGCCUUUCAAGAAUAAAGUGGAAACUGUAAAUAAAGAUGGACGACAUGACAGCUCCCUCACAAGUGAAGCCAAAACAUCCUGCUCUCCCCCUGGUGGCUGAUUGCAGUAUAGGUCAUCAACCUCCUGCCUCCUCCAUGUUAGCAGAUGGGACCAGGAUCAAACAGAAAAAUAAAUGAAUGAGAAAAUAAGUGCGGGUUUCCGAUAAGUUUGGAUUCGAUUGGUUAUUUCACAUUUUGACUUUUCUCUCCACGUUUAUUCUCGAAAUGCAAAAUGGAAAAAAAAUCCUUUCUCAGUUUUUUCCCCUCCCAUGUUUUGGUUGAAAGUGUUUAGCCGAGCGGCUGACGCUUCCUGCUGCGAACACUCGUGCGUCUCAAAGUGCAGACUCAUACAUUUGAAGGAUGUUUUUGACGCUUGUUUUAAAUGUCAUGGAUUUUUUUUUUUUUUUUUUGCUGUUCAUCUGACCCAGUUAUGGGGUCUAAUAGCAACAAGUGCCUGAGAUAAUAUUUUACACAAAGAGGGACACGAUGUGAUUUGUUCAGUGACACUACAGCACACAGACAAGUGUUUUUUUUUAACUGUUUUAAUAUCGUAUAAAAAUGUGUCGUUUUGGGGGUACUUCCUUUUUUAAAUUUUAUUUUAUUCACAAGAGCCAACACUUACAAGCUGAUAUCAGUGUAUUUGUAUCCUGUUUGAAAUUGCCUUCAACCAUGUUGCGUUUUAAAGUAUAAAAAAAGAAAUGGAAGCUGAUGUGCAAUUGUUCUGUUUCCAGAAAACUUUUACAUGAUAUAUUAAGAAAUGUACACAGCCACUUUUCCUGUACAUAUCAAAUUUAGAAUAAAACGGAAGGCUGUU